GACGAAGUUCCUGGUGGGUGACCCCUGUGUGUGUGCCCGCACGUUGUGAAGUCAUGUCACCCUCGGAUCCUUCUUUGGAGGGCUCGCUCAUCGCAGCCAAGAACCCGGACAUUGAGGAUGAGGAAGAUGAUGACGACGAUGAGCUGGAUGAGACUUUAUCAGAAAGACUUUGGGGGUUGAUGGAAAUGUUUCCUGAUGGUGUGCGUACUGCUGCUGGUGUAACCUUUGACUUGUCCAUUUCUGCAGCCAAGAAGCUAUAUAGUUUUUCCCGGUCAGCACUGUGGAUAGGAACCACCUCCUUCAUGAUUCUGGUAUUGCCUGUAGUGUUUGAGACCGAAAAAUUGCAGAUGGAGCAACAGCAACAAUUACAACAGAGACAGAUACUUCUGGGCCCAUCUACAGGAAUUUCUGGUUCUCUCCCUCCACUCCCUGGAAAAGUAUAA